GCACUGGCAGGAAUGAUCGUGCACUUUGCCAGAGACGGAACGUCCAGGGUGGGCAACAAGACAGCUACCCCACAACCUGAGAUCAUGCUGAACGGACUCAGCAUUGCCAAGGACCACGCUGAAGUGAUUAACAAGAAGGGGGCCGUGUCCAUCAAGCCCAAUCCCUCCGCCAAGGAAAUCAUGGUGAACGGAGUGAAGAUAGUCAGUGAGACAAAGCUCUCACACAACGACAGGGUAUCAUUUGGCCCCAACCACCUGUACGUUUUCCACCACCCCCAAGACUAUGCCAAGAAGGUGAACGCUGGUGAGAAAGUGGACACACCCACGUUUGAUACCGCCCAGCAGGAAAUUGCCAAGCAGUCUGGGUUGAUGACAGCUGGCGGUGAUGGAAUGUCUAAAGAUGAUCUUCUUCUGCAAGAGGACCUGAUCCAGAUGCUGCCAAUGGUCAGUGAAGCUAACGCGAUGGCAGAGGAGUUGCACAAGGGAGUGAAGUUCGAGAUUAAUCUGGUCUCGCCACAGGCUCGCGGACAGAAGAAUGGAAAAACUGAGGUGAUGGUUAAGAUGCUGGCGCAGGACGGCAGUGGCAACGACUGGCUGUGGGACCGUAACAAGUUCAUCAACAGGAAGUACAUCAUGCAGGAGAUGUACGCCAACUUUGUGGACGGGGACGAGAACUGGGAUCUGCCACAGGAAAAAGAUCCAUUCUGGGAGCCUGCAGACUGCGAGAAGCUCAUCGGUACGUGCCAUGUCCUGCUCCAGUCCCUGGCGUACAACAUCGACCUGCAGGAGAAACUCGUGAUCUCAGACUUCAAAGGUCAGGAUCAAGGUCACGUUGACAUCGCCAUCGUCCCGUGCACAAAAGACUACAAACCUGUCGGUGAGGAUGAAUUUGUAGAGGAUCCAAAAGAAUUGCUUGGGAAGCCCCUAUUCUGCAUUGUGAAGAUCACAGCCGCACAGGGAUUGCCUCAAAAUAUCGCAAAGAGCUUCUGUCGUUACAAGUUUUACCUGGACAAAGAUUACGUGCAGACCAAUGAAAUCUCUGGCACAAUCAACCCCGAAUUCAACCACGAAAAGCAGGUCACCAUCAAAUCGGUCACGGAGCAGUUCAUCGAAUAUCUGAACAAUGAGUCCCUCUACAUUGAAGUAUGGGGUCGACAAAAGGCUGGAAAAGGUCAAAAGGAGAAGACAAUGGUGGGCAAGGGAGGUAAGCAGGCAGCACCUGCAGCACCCGUGGGAGGUGUGGCUGUCAACGGGCAGGCUGGUGGCACUGCGCUGACCCCGAUACCGGACACGAAGAGCAAGGAGGAGGCAGCCAAGUACCGACAGGAGGCGGAUUCUCAGAAGAAACGUGCAGAGGAGUCUGACGCUAAACUGAGCAAGAUCAACGGCUACAUGAGGGAACGGAAGAACAAAGGACAUACAGCAAUCAAGAUUGAAGAUGUUGAAGCGUUGCUUGCAGGAAAAAUUCCAAAAGGUGAGCCUGUUCAGCCAACAGUGGUACAGGUUGAGGGUGGGUCAAAAGCCUGCACUAUACAGUAAAAACAAAACCCUACUGUAUGGUAUGUAGGAAAAAUGACAACGUACAGUACAGACUGAAUAGUAAAAACCAUACCGUAAUAUACAGAAGUAAGAAAUCUGGAACCUUGCAGUUAAAAUCAUACCAUAUUGUACAGAUGUUAAACAAUGGUGCCAGACAGUAAAACCCAUGCCCUACAUUGUAUAUCUCUGAAAUGCUGACUGGGGAUUCAAUCAAUUUCUUCAACAUUAAAUUUUUAGGAUUUGUAAAAUAUGGGCUAUUUGAUUGAUCUUAAAUUCAUGGAUUGUUUUAUAAUGUCUUAUAAAAGACGAUGUAGACUUUUGUUGAUCAUUUUAUUAUUUUGUGGGUGAGUGAACUCAUAAAAAUCCAUAUAAAUAAGUGUCCAACGAAAACUAUUGGUUUCACAGUUCUUCUAUGUAUUGGACAGUUGCCUUCAAAACGGUGUGGCAAAUAUUUUCUGCAAUCUUGUGGCCUAUGUCUACAGUGAUGAUUAUUUGAAACAUGUAAAUGUUGAAAAUACCUACUUGAUUAUACUCUGUGUGUAUUAGUUAACAAGACAGUAUUAACAAUUUUGCAGAUGUUAAUUGUUCAUAUAUUUCUAUCAUAGUUAAUUGAUUCUUGUUAGAGUACACAAAUUAGUCUAGUGACACGUCUGCAUGUUUUUUGCUGGACCUAUUAUGAUUAAUAUUUUUGUGACAGGGAAGACAAUAUGCAAAUUAAAACAGAAUAUCAUGUUUGCAUAAUUUUUAAUUAUAUGUUACAUGUUGGUUUUGUGAGUUACACACAUUGCACUUUGAUUUUGUUUCAAGAUGUUAGUGCCUUUACUAUAUAAUCUCUGAUGAUUUCAUAAAUUUUCCUUUUUUAUUAAUCUUAAUGUUUUUAGAUAUCUUUUUAGAAAUGUGCAACACAUUAUUAAUUCAUGUUAAGAUGCAAUAUCAUUGCAAACAACAAAAAAACUGGUUAAGAACCAUGUUUUGGAUUUUUAAUGAACUAAAUAAAUUGCUUUCCUUGAAAUUUUAUUCUAAAUUUUUACCAUAAAAUGAUUAUUAUUCAUUAUCUGAAAAUCAAGCAAAUGUAAUUAUGUUUAUAACAUAAUUGUUUAAAACAUUGCCUAAAUCUAAAUCUUUUUUUUAAUUGUUUAGGUUUGUGUGUGAAACUGGUUUAGCUUUGGUGUAUUCUGUAUCUAGUUUUACACUAAACACUCCUUGUGUCUUAAAUAUUUCUAAACCGUACAUAUUUUUUUAUAAUGACAUCUUUGUACAAGUAUGAUUUAUGCAUUUUUUUGCAAUGAAGUUUGUGACAAUCAUGGUCUGCUUAUAAAACACCAAUUAUAUAUUGCUAUUAGAUGCAUAUCAUAAUUUGUAACUUGCUGUUGACAGAUACACAAAUUAUCAUUGUAAUCUGUACAUUUUAACUUUACGACACUGUAAAUAUUUUUAGUAAUACGCAUAUAAUGAAAGUAUUUUUUCAGCCAAGAUUAGUUUGUUAUUGUUGUUUUUUUGUAAAAAACUAAAUCUGCUUUGAGUUUUAUAAUUUGUAUAACAAGUUUUUUUGCACCAAUAAUAAUGUAAUUUUUUUUAUUUAAUAUACAUAUAAUAUUAUUUAGAUCAAUGGUAAAAAUCAAACACAAUUUAAAACCGGCAGUUAUGUAAUGAAUCAUGAAGGCUAUUAUACAAGUUUGUUUUUUAAAUUAUUUUUAAAUGAUUUUUCAGGUGUUGGGAUGUACAUACAAUUUUUUGUUACCUUAGGCUUAGCUUAUUAGCUUCUGGAAGCACAUUUUUGCAAUCUUUUAUUUCUGUUGAUACUCACAAUUUUGUGAUUUAUAUUUCCAUUCCAUUUUUAUGCCCCCCUUUGAAGAAGAGGGGGUAUAUUGCUUUGCUCAUGUCGGUCUGUCGGUCGGUAGGUCGGUCGGUCGGUCUGUCCACCAGGUGGUUGUAAGACGAUAACUCAAGAACGCUUGGGCCUAGGAUCAUGAAACUUUAUAAGUACAUUGAUCAUGACUUGCAGAUGACCCCUAUUGAUUUUGAGGUCACUAUGUCAAAGGUCAAGGCCAUGGUGACCCGAAAUAGUAAAAUGGUUUCCGGAUGAUAACUCAAGAACGCAUACGCCUAGGAUCAUGAAACUUCAUGGGUAGAUUGAUCAUGACUCGCAGAUGACCCCUAUUGAUUUUGUGGUCACUAGGUCAAAGGUCAAGGUCACAGUGACCCGAAAUAGUAAAAUGGUUUCCGGAUGAUAACUCAAGAACGCAUACGCCUAGGAUCAUGAAACUUCAUGGGUAGAUUGAUCAUGACUCGCAGAUGACCCCAAUUGAUUUUGAGGUCACUAGGUCAAAGGUCAUGGUCACGGUGACCCAAAAUAGUAAAAUGGUUUCCGGAUGAUAACUCAAGAACGCAUACGCCUAGGAUCAUGAAACUUCAUGGGUAGAUUGAUCAUGACUCGCAGAUGACCCCUAUUGAUUUUCAGGUGACUAGGUCAAAGGUCUAGGUCACGGUGACCCGAAAUAGUAAAAUGAUUUUCGGAUGAUAACUCAAAAAUGCAUAUGCAUAGGAUCAUGACACUUUAUAGGUACAUUGAUCGUGACUUGCAGAUGACCCCUAUUGAUUUUCAGGUCACUAGGUCAAAGGUCAAGGUCACAGUGACAAAAGUCGUAUUCACACAAUGGCUGCCAGUACAACGGACAGCCCAUAUGGGGGGCAUGCAUGUUUUUACAAACAGCCCUUGUUUAUACAUCUUUUCAUCAUAAUUUUCAUUUGAAAUUUAAAUCUCACUUCACGAUUGUCUUCUAAAUACCUGAAGCCUUUCAGGCUCAUUCAAACAUUGUCAAACAUUUUUUUAGCUAUGAUUUAGAAAUAUCAGUAGACAACUGAAAACAACACAAAUGUGUUCCAGAAUAUAUACCUGUAGGGUAAUCAAAGUAUGCUUCAACAAAUAUUUGAAUGCCUACAAUAAAAAAAAUCUGCAUCUUCAUCCAAAGGGUUUGCUAUUUUGUCGUUGCAUUAAACACAUGUUGAACAUGUUUCUGAUAUGUGAUUAUGUUGGUGAUAUAACAGCAAGUGGUGAUUUUUGUGAUUUUCAGUGAUUGUAUUUCAUUCUAUAACAAAAGCUUGAUGUUUUCUAGAGGUGACUUAGAAUCCUUCAUCAUAACUUUUUACUGUGCUGUUAUUCCUGCGGGACCAAUUUGUGUUGACCUUUUGGUGUAAUUAACAAUCGCCUUUUUUCCUUAUCACUUUUUUAUACAAUUGUUGAAUAUUAAUAAUUAAUUCAAGUUGUUAUUUCUUUCUUUGUUAAUUCUUGGCAAAUUUCAUGUAGAUUUGUAUCAAGAGGAGUGUGUUUUAACUCUUUCAGUGCGGGAACCGAAUUUUGAAGGCCUGUGCAAACAGUUUGGAUCCAGAUGAGACACCACAGAACAUGGCGUCUCAUCAGGAUCCAAACUGUUUGCUAUUCUGAUAGUAUUCUUUGAAAAAAAUCAAAGAAAAUGCUAAUUUUAGAAAUUCAGCAGACGACAUUUUAGCAGAAGACAAAUUUCCCAGCAUGCAAAGGGUUAAAUUCCCAGUAUGUUUCCGUACAUACUUUACUAAUUCAUGGUAGGUCUUUAUGGUAUAGGUGUUUUAUAUCCCUAUCACCUUACUUAUGUUGUAUAUGUCUUGAUCACUACUGUUAUUUCUGCUGGCGGAGUUUUUGGAAAUAUAUUCUGUGAUUUGUCGUAUAAAAAUAUACUACUGUUGAUCACAAUUGCUUACAUGCCCUAAUAGUACAUGUAUAUGGACAUAAAAAACAAUCACAUAUAGAAAUAUUACUUAAGUCACUAUUAAUUAUUUCAGAAGUUUGUUUAAACCCAUUAUAAAUUUUAGUCGAGGGGCAUUAAACCCCCAAAAAGUUAUGUAUCAAAAGUACUUUACAAUUAUAACGAAGAUUCAAAACUUGUUACCAAAUGUUUACACCUGCUUUCCGCAACCACAUAUGUUAUAAGGUUUAUGGGCCACAAUUUUAUAUACUUUUCUGUGAUAGCUUUUUUCUUAUAGGUAUUCUCAAAUUUCAGUACGGAAUCUUAAGUAUAGAUUUAUAGUUUUUAGGACGUUACUUUUAUAGUUCAUUUUAUGACUGUGAUAUUAAUUAUAGUGGCCAGUUACCAGUAUUUAACUUCUAGGGUAAAGUUAGCAUUGAAACAUUACAGAAUUUAAGAGCAAAAGACACACAUACCAUUUUGAUUAGUUUUCUAUGAAUUUUAUAUAUUUUGUUAUAGCUGAAAGCUUACUACUGUUUUGAGGUUUUCAAAAUCCGUCCAAUAUCGUCCUGUUUAUUAUCAUCGAGUUUUGAUGUACUACUAUGUGAUUUACUUAUUAAAAUACUAUUUUCUUUCUUUUGUGUAUGUUAAUAAACAAUCUGUUACAUA